AUGUUGCCUAAUACGAAAUAUUCUCCUAAACAUCAAUCAGUUCUUUGGCUUUGGCGGCGUCGAUAUUCAUUUCAUCUUGGCAAAUUACGAUGCAAAUGGGUUGUCUAUCUUUGUUUCGCUUUUCUAUUUCUUAUUUUUCUUCUACCUAAUCCGUUUGCAUCUCGAUAUGACAAAUUAAUGAUUCGACAAGAUAUUCGAUGGGAGGGUAUUUCUGAAAUCUUAGAAGAAAAAGAAAAAAUCCUUGUUGACGAUCCAUUCUCGAAGCAAGUAAAAUUCAGAAGAUAUGGUAAAGGAGAACUUUCAUCAACGAGACCGGUUCUUAUCCUUCUCUACACGACGAUUUUUCUUACUAAAAAGUACUGCAGGUUGAAGCAAAUUGAGCAUAUCUUCGGUGAAACUUGCCCAUCAAAACAUCGCUGUCAAUGGACGUGUGACGUUCGAAGACUCAAUGAAGCUGACGCUGUUAUUUUCCACGGAUACGAUAUGCAAUACUAUCCAGGCGAAAUGCCAAAACGUUCAGAUACUAAGUCUGACGCCAUAUGGAUACUCUGGUCUGAUGAGCCGCAUUCUAUGGUUGAUUAUAGUCUGUUCAAAGACUAUAGAUUCAAUUGGACGAUAAGUUUUAAACUGAAUAGUGAAGUUUCCAUUGGUUCGUAUGGUUUAUUUCAAAAACGAAAUGUUCCACAAUUAGAUUCUGAACAUCGUCUUUGGAUUGAACGACAGUUUCGUGAUCGAUCCAAUGCCGCACUUUGGUUUGUCUCGAACUGUGAUGCUCGAGAACGUUUACAAUACUAUCAAGAUCUCCGUCGAGAAACGAAUGUCUACGUGGAAGGUUAUGGUCGUUGUGUUGAUUAUUAUCCGAUGCAUCUAUGUGCAGCUAGUAGUCAAUGUGAAAUUGAUUAUAUGUCGAAGUUCAAAUACUAUCUCAGUUUCGAGUCGAUUACCUGUCGAGAUUACAUCACAGAGAAGUUCUUCAAAGCAUUUUACCAUGGACUUAUCCCGAUUGCUUACGGACCCGAGCGGAAAGAUUACGAACGAUUUGCGCCAGCUGAUUCGUUCAUACAUCUGAAUGAUUUUAAUAGAAAUAUGAAUAAAUUAGCGAAUUAUUUAUUAGAAAUUCAUUUAAAUUUGACUUUAUUCGCCAAAUAUCAUCAAUGGAGAAAAACACAUGAUGUAAUUAUCGAUGGGAAAGCACUGGAAAGAAUUCGAAUGUGUGAAUUAUGCGAACGGUUAACUAGAGUACGUCGAGAAGAUGUGACUUAUUACGAAGAUAUCAACAAAUUUUAUCAUGAAAAAUGUUAA